AUGUGCUGGUUUUAUGAAGAUGGGUUUCGAACGUGCACCUGUAUUCUAGAUCUAUGGAUCCAACCAAUCAUCUGUUUAACUGGAGUUAUACUGAACGCCUGUUGUCUACUGGUGUUCACUUCUCAUCGAUCACAUCCGCUUGUACCGGCGCUGAUCGUUUUAUCGAUUUGCGAUCUGUUGCAGUUAACAUUUACAGUACUCGUGCUAUCCCUUCCAGCUGUACACGAAUACACCGAAUCUGAGCAGUUCGGUGUUUUAGGUCAAAUCGCCUAUCUUUCCACGGGUCUCUUGUCUCCGCUUUUGUUAGCGGGUAAUUUUGCGAGCAUUUGGACUAUCUGUUACAUUGCAGUGCAGCGUUACAGGGCGAUUCUUCGACCGCUCUCCUCCAUGCAUUCGCCACUGCGACCAUUUCGUCCACUUAUCGGCAUUGCACUGGCCGCUCUGCUGCUGAACGCCUCCAAGUGGGCGGAGUAUCGAUGGAUAUGGAUUGAAGUGAACAAUAACACGAGAACAGUUCUGGUGCACCAGCCUUCGGACCUCGCGUACAACGAAACCUACUUACAAGUGUGUAGAAGUCACUGCAAAUCGAAGGAGAACGAAAAUGGCCUUGUUAUUAUAAGUGGAGCUGAGUCUUUCAUGAAGAUGUAUAGCAAAUUCGACCAUAUCCUCUAUCCUGUACUAAUCUAUCUGAUCCCGCUGUUGCUGUUAUCCGUGCUGAAUUUUCGGAUUCUCUCGCAUAUCUCGGCACAACGAGUCGCUUUCGACCAUAAGAGCCGGCUGGCUCAAGAGCGACGAUCUGUCACUUUGUUGAUAUCGAUCGUUAUUCUAUUUUUUGUCUGUCAUACAGGUGGUCUCGUUAUUCGAUUUGUGGACAGGUCGAAAUAUUUGGAAUCGACUGUAUAUGUACUAUUCAAGGAUGGCAUCAAUCUACUCUUCAAUAUUAAUUCCAUGGCCAAUCCUAUGCUGUACUUUCUGUUUACCCGACAAUUUCGUGAUCUACGUGUAAGUUUUCGACAUUUUACACCGUCGAGAUCUGGAUCGCUGCCUGUCACUGUGAAUCGUGGUCCUACCUGCAAACUGGUCGCACAGAAAGAGCACGAGGUCAUUCAGCACCAUCGGUCUACCGUUCUCCCUGCGAAAAAACCCCUACGAUGA